CCGAUUUCUGCUCUCCGCGCUCGACUUCGCACAUACAGUCGACCCGGUCGAGCGAGCCCAGUGUUCGUCUCCUUUGGGAUUCCCCUCCCGUAGAACUCGGGCGCCCGGCCUCGCCUCUCUCGCAGAUGGGCUGCUCCUCCUCUUUUCCAGAAAGACAUGCUGGAAGGUUGGGCAGUUUUAAUAAUAAAAACUUGAUGGCUACUGACUCAAAGUGCUUGCGUGUCAAGUUAGUACUGUUGGGUGAUUCUGGUGUUGGUAAAAGCUGCAUAGUCCUUCGGUUUGUUCGUGGCCAUUUUGAACCUACUUCAAAGGUAACUGUUGGUGCUUCCUUCUUAUCUCAAACAUUGGCCUUGCAAGACUCCACAUCGGUGAAGUUUGAAAUAUGGGAUACAGCAGGACAGGAGAGGUAUGCUUCACUGGCCCCUCUUUACUACCGAGGAGCAGCUGUUGCACUUGUGGUAUAUGACAUAACAAGUCUAGAAACAUUCAGAAAAGCACAGUACUGGGUUAAGCAGGAACUUCAGAAGCAUGCAAGUCCUGGUAUCAUCAUGGCUUUGGUUGGUAAUAAGGCCGAUCUGCAUGAGAGUAGGGCUAUAUCGUUCCAGGAUGCUAUGGAAUAUGCUGAGAAGAAUGGUAUGUUCUUCAUUGAGACAUCAGCAAAGACAGCUGACAAUAUCAAUCAACUCUUUGAGGUUUUGCUUGAAGCUUAAACUUGAAGCAUGUACAGUGAGCUGACCGAAUCAGGGGUGGUCUCCUGUGGUGGCUCUAAUCCCAAAGGAGCUAUACUGGGCCAAACCCAGCGAGAUCCAACAUCUCAGCAAUAUGCAUCUGCACAGUUAUUUGCUGUGAGCAACAUUCCUUGUUAUUUCAGGAGAUUGCAAGGAGGAUUCUUCGGACAUCUUCCUAACCAUUAUGUGGAUCCGACUCACAUGAGAUUAACUAUUGCUGUGUAAAAUCAUAGUAUAUUUGUUUCUAAUAUUGAUUAUA